CCUGUGACCAAAAAUCCUAAAACAUUUUCAGCAAAGGGAGGACACAUAACCAGAAACUCCACCUUCUUCAGCGACAAUAGAAGUCUACCUUCAAAAUCAUGACAUGCAUAUUGGUGAAAACAGGACAGCAGUACAGAGGACACUGUUUUUACUGCGACACACACAGUAGUUAAGCAGAGAUUUAACAACAUCCAAAUGAACAGCAGAGGUAAAUCAGAUUCAAAUGCUUCAUGUCACACUGAAGCAGCUGGGGUGGAGGAAGUGUGCAAAGGUUUUUUAAUAAAGUCCCCUCCUUCUAGACAAAUAAGAAAUAUGAAAUCAUGGAAGCGCCGCUUCUUUGUGCUUUCAAAGACAAAUGACAGCAGCCAUGAGCUAAAAUACUACAAAUCCACUGAGAGAGACAAACCUAUAAAAUCCAUAGACUCUUCCACCAUCACAAUGCUGCAAGUGAACCCUGAAGCAAACCCAGACUUCGAAUGGAUCUGUAAAACCUUCAAGUGCUCUCCGGACACUGUGCUCUUAAUGAAAACAGAAAACCCAGGAGCCAAGGUCCAAAGAGAAUUUUUCUUCAUUGGAGACACAAGUGAGGAGGUGGAUAGAUGGUUCAAUUUUCUAUUCAGGGCUAUAAAGAAUAACAAAUUCGAGCCACAAACUGAACCGCAGAUCACGACAGAAUCCAAUGCUAAUGACCAAAAGCCCUGUGACACCGAAGAGACUAAAGUUGAUGGUCAACCUCCACUGCCUCCAAGGAAGAAGUCAGCAUCAGAAGAUGUUAUAGCUCGAUGUAGCCAACCACCCAAAAGCAGCCCAUCUGCAACACCAGUGUAUGAAAAUCUGAAAAAAGAGGAAUCGCUGGAUGAAACUGCAGUGGAAAGUAAUGAGGACAUGUCAUCAAGGGAGGGUAUGACUGGUACAUCUGAAGACAGUCUGUUGGAUUGCGUCACAAAAGCCUUCGAUAAAAUGAAAACACCACAAACAUCCACUGAGUCACAUGGGCAAAGUGAAACGCACACCCUUGUCGAGAAGGAAAUAUGCAUAAGUCAUCUUGAUGCAAACAGCUUGGUUAUCACAGAGGAGGAGGGAAAACCAUGUGUAUCUAAAUGUGGGGAGAUUCAGGCUUCAUGUCUGUUCCACAAGGGAGAUCAGAUCCUGGCUGUCAAUGACCUGUUGACAGACACAGUGGAGGAGGUACAAACAUACCUAAAAAGACUCAGCAAGAGCGAGGUUAAACUGACCAUUCGAAGGCUCCCAGACUCCAUUCCUCUGCAUUGUGAACUCUGCUGAGGACAAAAACAAAAUAUCAAGCUGUGCUACUGUUCUUCUUCAGCAUUUUUAAUCCCUUCAAUUCUCAUUUAAAAUCAAUGUGAAAAUUUCUCAUGCAUUUUUUUCUAUAUGUCGAACAGCACUGUGCUGGCAAACAGUACAGUCAUUUAAAACAGAACGAGCUCAUGAAAGUGCUGUAAUGUAGUAUAAAUUCUAGUCUCUCUUUUGGUGAUUUUCUGAAAUGCUUCUCUGAUAUUUAGGAUUUGUAAGUGCCUGUUCAUACAGGCUGAAAGUAUCGCUUUUCACAUAACCCUGGAGGACUUACAGGUCGUCAACAGUAAAAAAAAAAAAAAAAAAGAAAUGUAAAAAAAAGUAGCGCUUGUUAAUGUUUUCUUGUGUGCAUUAAGACUUGCUGAGCUUUUGUUAUUCUAAAAAUUACCACAGGAAUGACUUACUAUAAUUGUAAUUUUGCACUAUUCUGUACAUCAGCAAGGUUGAGGUAACAGAAUCAUUUACAAGUUUAAUAGAACUUUCCUCUAGCAGUAAAUAAAUGUUAGAUAGCAUUACAGAUAGUUUGUAUUUAACUGAUCAUCUUAAACCUGUGAAAUAUGUGAACUGAAAUUGCAAUUAACUGCAGUAUAUUUUAUAGCCACAUGGUGGCACACUAACACAAACUGAAUUAUAUUAAAAUCUUAUAUUAAUCUUGUAUUCUUAUAACCUGAAUUCUGAUUGCUCCUGUUCAGCAUAUAAAUUCACAUCUAAGUAUCUUUUAUUUUAUUACUUUGGCAAAGGAUGUAUUUUUAUAAACUGACUGCUGUAUUAUUGCAGUUGCAUUGAAACUUGUCAUGUUGGUAGCAAAUCCAAAUGUUUUGUUGUUGUUGUUGUUUUGUUUUUUAUUUUCAAAUUGAAAUGAGGUUCAGAUAUUAUAAUGUAAUAAAAACAUGUAAAAAGCUAAAAAAAAAAAAAAAAAAAAAAAGAAACGGUUCAGCAUUUGUGACUUUUCUUAUAAGAAAUAUAUAUUGUACAUGGACAAAUAUGAAAUAAAAAUGUGAUUCAGAGAACAAGAUCAUUAAUGAAA